AGGGUGCUUUGGAAAGUGAUUCGUGGGAGGAGAUUCGUCGUACUCCACUGCGCCGUGUCCGGCUUCUAGUUUGGAUCCAGGCCAGAUGGGGAGGGAGUAGUUCCUGCCGAUUUCUUAGAGGGAUUUGGGGGGAUAGAGGGGCAGUGAGAGAGAUUUAAGAACUGAUAGGUGGUCGAGUUGUGUUUGGCCGGGUGGAUAUGCGCAAGUAAAGUCGAAGAGUUUUAUCUCCCCUCUCUUUUGGGAUUAUUGCCAGCGAUGGACAGAGAGAGGAAGGAGCAGCAGCGGUUUCUUGAUUUCAGAGCAUCGCAGAGAGACGCUGACCUCUUUAAAUAUCACGUUAGGCAAUCUCUAAUUGCGCAUGAAAAGUGAUUUGCCCACGUAUAAAGAUCUCGCAGUGUGCGAAUCCGUAAAAAAAAAAAAAAAAAAAAAAAAAAGAGAAAGAAUCGCAACCAUGACGACCGAGAUUUCCCAGCAACAUUUGGAUCCGUCUAAUCCUCUGCGCUCCAGCCCAGCGGCUGGUGCUCUGGGUGUAGCUCUGCUGAGCGCGCAGCCAGUGAUGGAGAGCGCGCACAAUGCAUCAGCCAAAGGCAAAAAGGGAAACUCGGGCUUGAGGCGACCUGAAAAGCCCCCCUACUCAUAUAUCGCCCUGAUUGUGAUGGCAAUUCAAAGCUCGCCGACCAAAAGGCUCACUCUCAGUGAAAUAUAUCAGUUCCUGCAGGCUCGAUUCCCUUUCUUCAGGGGAUCAUACCAGGGUUGGAAAAAUUCCGUCAGACACAAUCUGUCUCUGAACGAGUGUUUUAUAAAGCUACCCAAAGGUUUGGGGAGACCCGGCAAGGGGCACUACUGGACCAUCGACCCGGGCAGCGAGUUUAUGUUCGAGGAGGGCUCCUUUCGUCGAAGACCCCGGGGAUUCCGUAGGAAAUGCCAGGCUCUGAAACCAAUGUACAGGAUGAUGAAUGGCAUCGGGUUUGGUGCGUCCAUGCUGCCGCAGAACUAUGAUUUCCAGCAUCCCUCGGGGUCACUGGCGUGCCACAACAGCUACAACUUAGACUUGAUGGGUAAUACGGUUCCCGGUGGGUUCGAGGGGCUCGGUGGAGCGCAUCACGCCCCGCACAUGUCAUCAAGCUCCGGAUCAUCGUAUAUGGCCGCAUGUCAAGUUGCCUCAAACUCAGACUACUGUCCGGACAGCAGCAGUAGCCCCCUUCAGUCCCCCCCAGCAAUGGUGAGCAGCCUGGACUGCCAGUCUCCAUAUGCAAAUGCGGCCUCACACUGGAGUGCACCUGGGGUAUCUUCGUACAUCAAGCAGCAGUCUCUGGCACCAAACAGCCCCAACUCCUCUGCCAUGCACACGGGGAUGUCAUCUUACUCUCUGGAUCAAGGAUACCUGCACCACAAUGCACGAGAUUCUUCAGACAUUUCAGUGGGAUUGUCUCGAUACUCCAGCCACUCGUCUCCUGUGUGUGACAGGAAGGAAUUCGUGUUAAACCUAAACGGAAUCUCUUCCCUCCAUCCCAGCACCGGAGGAUCUUACUAUCACCAGCUCCACCACCACCAUCACCAAAGCGUCUAUCAAGACGUAAAGCCCUGCGUCAUGUGACAAAAAGACGCGGACGAGUUCCCAGAAUGAAACUGCCAGAUGCUUUUUAUCUGAACAUGUCUUCAGCCGGAUCCAUUCUGACGUUUCUCGCGAGAGAAAACUCGAAGCAGAAAAUAAUCUCUUUAAAGGAGUGGUUUUGAUGUGGUGGACUUGUUGUGGCACUUCACACUCUCAUUGACUGGCAUCUUACUGUUUUAAAAAAAAUACGUAUACACGUACCUGAAUUAUUCAUGCACUUCGUUUUGUCUUCCUAGAGUUUCCUGCAGCAACUGUCAACCAUUAAAGAGAUUUAUUUUUAAAGGUUUAUUUGGAAAUGUUUAAUGUCCUAAAGAAUAAAUGUUGCUUAUAGGGUCUGA